AGAAUCGGCCAUCUGGCUGUAUUUGCUUCGGACCCUCCGAAGAUUAAACUUAAAAAAAAAAAAAAAGCGUAGGAAUAAACACUGUUUUCUGUGUCAGUUCCACACAUAUGGAUCUUUCUUUUCUCUAAUGGGCUGUAUACACUUCUGUCUGUCACGUUCUUCUUCUUCUCUCCUAUAUAAACUACGCUAAAAGACCAUCUCUUCUUUCUUCCAGUGUAUAUAUCUAUAUUUUGUUUGUUGGGUUUUGGGUGGUGGGUGUUAAUGGCCAAUGCAUCUGGGUUCUUUACUCCCUCGGUUUCCAGCUGGAGAAAGAGGAUUCAGCCUCAGAUAGGGAUUUACCGAUCUGGGCUUCUGUCCCCUGAUGGAUUCUCCAGCAGGGUAUUCUGCUCCAGCACCAUUCAAGGCCCAGAGAAGCUUUCUUCUGGCGCUUCCCCAUCUGAAUCUCGUGUGCCCAGGUUGGUCAGUAAAGGCUGCAAAUUAGUUGGUUGUGGUUCAGCAGCACCCACCCUGAAGGUUUCAAACGAUGAUCUUGCAAAAAUAGUUGAUACUUCUGAUGAAUGGAUAUCUGUUCGAACUGGGAUUCGUAACCGCCGGGUUCUUUCAGGCAAGGAUAGCUUGACAACUUUAGCGGUAGAGGCCGCAAGGAAAGCUCUUGAGAUGGCACAGGUUGAGGCUGAUGAUGUGGACCUAGUCUUGAUGUGCACAUCUACCCCAGAAGAUCUUUUUGGAAGUGCUCCUCAGAUCCAAAAAGCACUUGGCUGCAAAAGAAAUCCUUUGGCUUAUGAUAUUACAGCUGCAUGUAGCGGAUUUGUGUUGGGUCUAGUAUCAGCUGCAUGUCACAUUAGGGGAGGCGGAUUUCAAAACGUUCUGGUGAUCGGAGCUGAUUCCCUUUCUCGAUAUGUUGAUUGGACGGAUAGAGGUACCUGUAUUCUUUUUGGUGAUGCUGCUGGUGCUGUAUUAGUGCAGGCCUGCGACAGUGAAGAAGAUGGUUUAUUUAGUUUUGACCUGCAUAGUGAUGGUGAUGGCCAAAGACAUCUGAAUGCCACUGUCAAACAGAAUGAAAUGGAUGAUGUGGUGGGAUCUAAUGGUUCAGUGUUAGGCUUCCCUCCGAGGCAAUCUUCAUAUUCCUGUAUUCAAAUGAAUGGCAAAGAGGUCUUUCGCUUUGCCGUACAAUGUGUGCCACAGUCAAUCGAGUCUGCCCUUGAAAAGGCUGGUCUGCCCAGAUCGAGCAUUGAUUGGCUACUCCUUCAUCAGGCAAACCGAAGGAUCAUAGAUGCAGUCGCUACUCGUCUAGAAGUCCCACCCGAACGGGUGAUAUCAAAUUUGGAAAAUUAUGGUAACACAAGUGCUGCUUCCAUUCCAUUAGCAUUGGACGAAGCUGUUCGAAGCGGGAAGGUGAAGGCUGGCCAUACUAUAGCAGCUGCAGGCUUUGGAGCAGGUCUUACUUGGGGUUCUGCUAUUGUCAGAUGGAGAUAAAGCCUCGCCUAUCCAGUCAACCAUCGUUUAUAGCCGAGAGAGGAGAUUUUGAGAUGAAAUGCAGUUCUACAGUUCCAUAUGUAGUGCAGAUGUUCAAGGAGCAUGCAGAAUAAAAAGAAAAGAAAAGAUAAAGUAGAUGAAAAAGGGGCAUUUUCUCCGUCAGUCCUUUUUGUUGUUUGCUUUUAUUACAAUUUAAGCUUUGGCAAACCUCCCCUCAAUAAAAUUCAGUUAUUUUUCUCCGUCCAA